AUGUAUACGCCGGGUGAGGAUGAGCCGCUCAAUGCGGGCUCCGCCAACCAGCCCGAGGUGCUGGCGGAGACGUUGCUGCAGCGGCGGAGGGUCCUGACCCGCGCCGCGCUGGAGCUGGCGCUCAUGUCCUCGAUCAGCCACCCCAACAUCGUGUACGCGCAGUGGCCCACUGCGCUGCUGGAGCGCGACGAGACGCAGCCGUGCCGGCGGCGGCUGCGGAAGCUGCCCCCGGACACCCCCCCACCCAUCAGCGGGGGCUUGGUCUGCGCGGUCAUGGUGAUGGAGUACUGCGACAAGGGCACUUUGGUGGACGCCAUCAACCGAGACGGGCGCCGCAGUGUGGUGACGGAUGAGGCGUGUGGCACCGUCACACACAUGGCACCGGAGUCGUUUGUGGAGGGGGAGCCCGUGGACAGCAGCGCGGACGUGUAUGCAUUCGGCAUCCUGAUGUGGGAGCUUAUCUCCGGCAAGCAGCCCUACCACGACCGCAACUUGAAGCAGCUGCCCCAUGAGGUGGUCAACAAGGGCUUGAGACCCACGUUCCCGCCCAACACACCGGACGUGUACAAAUCCCUGGCCAAGAGCUGUUGGAAUCCGUUGCCCCGAAACCGCCCGACUGCGGCCCAGGUCGCUGUGCUCAGACUGGGGAGGCGAUGGCAGCAGAUGACGAACCAGGGCCAGUCCCCGAAAGCCGCCGCCGCCGCCGCCGUGCCGGAGAGGUACCGGGACGUGUUACGGGGUGCGCGCGGAUCACUGCUCAAGAAGAAGCUUGCGACGGCAUCGGUGGUGAUGGUCUUGGUGGUGGUGAUGGUGCUGAUGGUCUUGGUGGUGGUGAUGGUGUUACGUAGUUCUGCAGAGAGGAUGGUCUUGGGUGCAGUGCUGGCGAUGGGGCGGCCGCCGUCUGCUGCUUCGUUUUGUGAUGGAAAAAAGCGGUCUGGCGGGGCGAAAGGACCGCCCUGGACCGCCAGCAUAGCAGCUGGUCGAAUGUUUGUGUGCUGUUCACAUCCAUCUCAAGCCUGCUACGGUGGCUUGGUGAUUGCUGGCGGGAGCUGCCGCCCGAGAGCGAGGCUCCUGGGUCCCGCGGUCGCGAUAACAAUCAUUACUAAUGUUGCGCUAUUUUACUAA